AUGUAUGGGAGUCUGAGAUUAGUAAAUCGACUAGUUCGUCCUAUUCUUUCAGCAGAAACAAGCCUACACAGAGUGACCUUGCUGGCAAGGGGAAUGAGCGCAACCACAGAAUAUACUUUCACAACUUUGAAAGUGACCUCCCCUUCAGAGUGGAUCAAAAAUGUGGAGCUGAACCGUCCUGACAAAAGAAACGCAAUGAACACUGCUUUCUGGGCAGAAAUGGUUGAUUGUUUCAACAAGCUAGCUGUAGACCCAGAUUGCCGUGUUGUUGUCCUGUCAGGGGCUGGACAGUUAUUUACAUCAGGAUUGGAUCUCAUGGACAGUGGGGUUUUCCAGAAGGCUCUAGAGAUCCCUGACCCAGGCAGAAGGGCAUUUUAUCUCCACAGGAAAGUCCGUGACUACCAGGAAACAUUUACAGUCAUUGAGAAGUGCCCCAAGCCUGUGAUUGCAGCCGUCCACAGUGCCUGUAUUGGAGGUGGCAUUGACAUGAUCUCUGCCUGCGACAUCCGCUACUGCACCCAGGAUGCCUGGUUCCAGAUCAAGGAAGUAGACCUUGGCCUAGCAGCAGAUGUGGGUACACUUCAGCGAUUUCAAAAAAUUAUCGGCAAUGAUAGCACCUUUCGUGAAUUAGCCUACACCGGCAGAAAGUUCCUCUCUGACGAGGCCAAAUCUUUGGGAUUUGUGAGUCGAGUCCUGCUGGACAAAGAUGAACUGUUGACAUCAGCUUUGGAACUGGCUAAAACGAUUGCAUCAAAAAGUCCAGUUGCUGUUCAAGGAUCGAAAAAUAAUAUUAUAUAUUCUAGAGACCACAGUGUUGCAGGGAGUUUGGAUUACAUGGCCACCUGGAACUCCGCCAUGCUGCAGUCGGAGGAUGUGGUGAAGGCCAUUGAAGCUGCAAUACAGAAGGGGAAGCCAGUGUUCUCUAAACUGUGA